AUGGAAGGAGAACACAACAUACUAGACGCAGUAUUUGAAGACGAUAACUUUGAAGAUGGCGAAGAUGUUGAGAUGCUUGAUGUGGAAGAAGGAGAGCUUGUGGAAGAAGGGGAGCUAGUGGAUUUUAACUCACAAAAUGGUUCGGGACUGAGCAGUGGUGGCAAUGUCAGUGUAGCAAACGAAGAACGUCAGGGCAAGAAUCAGAAGCGCAGGGGUAAGAAGAAGAGGAAUAGGAGAAGGAACAGUGGCCCUGGAAUUAAUGUCACUGACAUAGACAGGUUUGUGAUGGAUACAUGUAGGCGACUGAAAGAGAAGAAAUCAUAUCUGGUGUAUACUGCUGUUGGUUGUCUGGGUGUUCUUGCAUUGAAUGAUCUCGUCAAAGAGGUGGAUGCGAUCCAGGCUUGUGGAGGUCAGAUGACUCAUGAUGGCAAACGUUUCCGAUUUGGUGGUGGAGUACUAUGGAGUAUCAUCAAAGCACGAGAACCAAAGGCCUACAAAGAGAUAAUGAAAAAAGGAAGGGAAUUUGAGAAGCAAUUCAGGUCAACAAAUAAUAGACAACCAAUACAGCAAGGGAAAGAGGGUUCAUCUAAAGCAAUUGUGAAUUCAUUCAAGGAUGAUACUCCAGCUAAUGUUUCAGAUGCCGUACCAGUUAUAUGUCAAAUGCAAACUCAAGGCAUUCAGUCAAAGACUGAAGGGAAACAACUUUCUGUUCAUGAUAGGUUAAGGGUACCUGUUUCAUAUGAUGAUGACCUGCUUGGAGAGGCGCCCAAAGAUGAUGCACUUGAAUGUUAG